AUGGGUAGAAGUGCUAAAGUCCACAAAAGAGUAACCAAAAAAACGAAGGGAGGGGCUAGCAACAAAGCUGUGCCAGCCCAGGGUGCACAUGUGCAUCUACAAACGUCGAAGAAGAAAGCCACACUGAAGGAUCGGAAGGUGAAUAAAGCUAAAUCUGGGAACGGUGGGGGUGCCUCUGGAGUUCUCGGUGGUGCAGACUAUGUCACGCUCUUGAUGGGAGGUCGGAGGAAAGCAAUGGAAGAAGCACAAAAAUUGCCUCAAAGCGAGGAUUGA